CAGUACUUCGAGUGAAAAACGCACGUGCUUAAGCUGUUGAUUAUCCUUUGGAACGUAAUCAUGCAGUCUCUCGUCCAUUGCCGGUCUGCACCAUCUGCACAAAGUAUCUAUCGUGCUGCACCCCCGCAGAAGAUUCGUUGCACGCACAUCGCAUCAGCAAAGUCGACAUUCUUCAGCCACAGAAGUGGUCAGCUCAGAUCGAGCAGACCAUCACUUCUCAGAAGAUCUGCCACUCCAACGUCCACGAUCAGUGGCAAGGUUGAUAAGCUCACAGCUGAAGAAUUGGAGGUGGUCCUGCAAGAGCGCACGAAGCCCUUGAUCAUUGAUUUCUACGCCACGUGGUGUGGCCCUUGCCUGCUCUUGGCAAAGGAGCUCGAGCAGGUAGCAGAGGAGCUGGGAGACACAGUGCGCAUAGUGAAGAUUGACACUGACGAGCACCCAGAGGUCAGCUCGCAGCUACAGAUCCAGGGCCUGCCCACGAUGGUAUUUGUGGGCACCGAUCCCAACAAGCCCGCGCUGAGAACAGAGGGUCUACUGCCAGCGCACGUCAUCAAGGAAAUUGUCCAGAAUGAGCUUUUGGCGUCAGAGGCUGAGGCGGCAGCCUGAGGACGGCAGACUGACAUGGAUGCAGCGCCUGGACAAUUGCCUGAGCAAGCAGUGUUUUUCUACGGACACCAACAUGAAUGUUUGCCUUACUUUGCUUUCACAGCUUCUUCCGCGCUUGUAGGGCUGCUGAAAGAGCUGACAUGGUUGAAGGUACAGUGUACCUGCCAGCUUUGCGUCACUGCUUUGGCGAAGCAACUGAAUUUGGGUCCGCGAGGCAGAGGUUUUUUACGCUGAUUACAACAGAAUGUGGUACGCAUGCACUCACAGAAAUAAGAUGCCUGGUGAGGCUAUCUGGGAC